AUGCAGAAGGUGAUAAAAUGCACUGUACGUCUUUCCAGACUGAACUCAACGGAAGCGCGAGAGGAGAACGGAAAUGCUGCUGAAGAAUGCUGCACGUGGGCACCGAAAGACAAUGUGGCUAAGGUUGGUCUCGGAUGCCUACUGGUUUCGACAUUACCUUUCCUCGCCUAUUCAAUUGUUUGCUUGAAUCCAAUGAAAUCCGACUUCAAUAACGUCUCCUACAUCGUCGUUCCAGUAAUAAUCAGUCGAUUGUGUCCACUACUGAAUCCGCUUCUGUACAUAUGGUGCAAUCCCGACAUCGUUCCAAUUAACACAUUUAUCGCAAAACGUUUGGCAAGACGUCGCCCACCUCCCAAGACGUACCACACGAUCAACCUCAUCGCAGAAGUUCCUGGCAUGUCAUUCCCUAUCCUCACACCUGCAGGUAAUACACAUUUUCGGCGCAUUAUUGAGCCAGUUGUCAACAUUUAUUGA